UAAAGGCGCACAAGUGGGCCGGAAGUUUGCUAAGUGAUGCGGGGUUAUAGCUUGCAGAUUGUGUUCUCUAAUUUAAACGAGGACGAUGACAGAAAGUUUAAUCUUGACUCUUCUAAUUUUGACAGUAGAGUUUAGUGAUGUGAGGGCAUCUCCACUAAACUCUGAUCCACAUAUAACUUCUCCAGUCGGUCGGUCGCAAAUGAGUGAACCUUUUAAAAUCAAGCAGCCCUCGAAUCAAAUGAAAGAGUCAUCCGGCAGACAGAUCACACGAGUCAAAACCGUAGCCGUGAUUUGUCACGAGAAUUACAUGGAGAUUGCGAUUAAGGCUGACCUCUUUGAAGUCGGUCUACCUGUGGAUGCUUCAGAGCUGCAGCUUGGCGCCGACAGUCAGUUUAUAACUUCUUGUAAAGUGAGCGCAUUCUCCACAAACGAGUACAUCAUAGCAGCUAGGCUCACCGACUGUGGCACUCAACACUGGAUUACAGAUGACUCCCUUAUAUACACCAACCUCCUUAUCUUCACUCCGCAACCCUCUCCAGAUGGAGUGGUUCGCCUUGAGCAGGCUGUAGUUCCCAUUGAAUGUUAUUAUCGAAGAAGGUUUGAUAUUACCAGUAACCCCAUCAGACCGACAUGGGUUCCUUUUAGUUCAACGCAAUCAGCAGUGGAGGAUUUGCAGCUUUCACUAAAGCUAAUGACAAGUGAUUGGCGCUCCGAACGAGCCUCUUCCAUGUACUUCCUGGGAGACUUCAUAAACAUAGAAGCCUCAGUUCGUCUGGGUCAUCAUGUUAACCUCCGUGUAUAUAUUGAGAGCUGUGUUGCCACAGUGACUCCAGAUAUUAAGUCUUUACCCAAAUACACAUUUAUUGAAAACCAUGGCUGUCUGACUGACGGACGGACAACUGGCUCAAAGUCCCGUUUCCUUCCCAGAAUCCAGAAUGACAAACUCCAACUACAACUGGAUGCAUUCAAAUUCCACCAAGAGACAAGGCCAGAGAUGUACAUCACUUGUACUCUUCAAGCUUACCCUGUAAUGGAUGUAGUUGACCCCUUUCAUAAAGCAUGCUCCUUUAUCGAUGGAAGCUGGAAGGCUGCAGAUGGUGGAGACUGGGCUUGUUACAGCUGCCAAGCAACAAAAGAUUAUGCAUUCCUCCAUUCUACACCGCAACAACCUGAGCCACCUUCUCCCAGACGAGACCAGACCUCAUCUUCCCAAAGACCCAACAAAUUUAAGAUUCAAGAGGGUUCUGGAAGUUCUUUCAAAUCCUUGCCAACAAGUGAACCUGUUCUCUCUUGGAAGAACGUAAUUCUCCCACAAGAGGAGGAUUAUGGAGUAUUUUCAGUGGGAUGGGAAGAGGAGAAAACCAUUGGUCCACUAGCCAUCCUUCCAAAAAAAAUGAAAAUGGGGUUUCUGGCUCCUCCCAGAGUGAAGCAGGGUGUUCCACCGGUCCCUUAUCUCAGUAAAGAUAAGAAACCGAUGCCUCAUAGUAGCCUAUGGAAGAAUGGUGUUUCUGCUAAGAUGGAUAAAAGUGUUAUAAUUCCUCAACCCUCAUUGGAAGACACUGAACAAGCUAAUAUCAUGGCAAUUAAACCAGAAUCGAAGAAGAUGGAGGAUGAAUAUGACAGUGAAGAUGGUGACGACACGGAAGACUAUGAUGGUAGAGGUGAAGACCAUGACUAUAAAGCGGAAAAAGAAAAAACAAGAGAGGUUUAUCAAAACAUGUGGAAGACUAAACUCUUGCCAGAAGAAGAUUUUAAAGAACGCUUUACAACUCUUGCCUCUAACAGUGAGGAAGACUCUGGACUUCAUAAUUAGGUACAAGCCCCUCCCUUCCAGAUAAAGAAGAGGGUUCCCUCUAAAGAAGGGUUAUGAAUGCUGAUAGAGAUGACUCCAUUUCGCUGAGAUGGAGGAAAGCACACAAGCAGGAACCGAGGCUUGAGAACUUUCACCAUUGCACUAAUUAAAUGGUUUCAAAAAAAA